UGCUGGGCGGAAAAAGCGUAGUAGAAAGCUGAGAUUCGCCGGCGGCCGUUCCCUCCUCCGCAUAACGAAAUGGAAGAGAAGCCCUCGAAUCUGAGUUCCUCUCCCACCUCCGGCAAUUACGCCACCAAAACCACCCAAGAACUCUCCGUUGAAGGCCAAAAUCACCUUGAGGAAACUAUCGAUGCCGCCUUCUUAAUCCUCUCCGCCAUGAACGACGAGCUCUGCAACCCUAGCCUCUGGUCCACCACCUCCACCGCCGCCAAUCCCAGCACUACUCACCUCGGCGGCGGUGGCGCCUCCGCUAGUGUGGGCAACGGGCACCAAUUGAACGGCGACGUAUUGUCGGACUCCUCCUCCGCUUCUUCCUCCGCCUCCGCCUCUCAGUCUCAUCCUCAAAAUCACAACAGCUUUGACAUCGGCGGUGGCGCCCUCGACGAGGCUAGGCUGCAGUACAAGUCCUCCGUCGCUUCACUGCGGUCUGUCCUCACCGCAAUCUCGGCUGCGCAGAAGGCUAAAGUACCCGAAAUGGUUCCGACGAGUGCUUCAGUAUCUCUGACUGAUCAAACGGAAAUAGAGCAGCUUGAAGAGCAGCACUCUAUCUUAAGAAAGGAAGUCGGAGAAAAGAACAAACAAAUCAAGAUCUUGAUAGAUCAGCUUCGUGAUCUUUUGGCUGAUAUAUCUACAUGGCAAAGUCCCUGUGCAGUAUGAGGCUAAUUUACUAUUCAUGCAAGUUAGAUAUUUGCACAAGGUAUGGAACAAAUAGAAUAUACCUCAAUUCGGAAAAAAAAAACUCGUUACUCUUUGCAAUUUUUCGUGUUUUAGGGAGUCGAGGAUGAAGCUAUUUGAUUCCUCUUAAAAGUUCAUAAUUUAUUGUUGUUGCUUUUCCUUUCCUU